AUGAAGAAGAAUAAGGUGCCAACAGAAUUGAUUUUUUCACUUCCAAAUGAUUUGUUAGUGAACAUCUUAGCCCGUGUCUCGAGGUUGGAUUAUCCAAUUCUCUCCUUAGUCUCCAAGCGUUUCAGCUCGGUCCUUACUUUACCGGAGCUUUACCAGACCCGGUCACUAGUAGGUCUUACCGAGAAUUGUCUUUAUGUGUGCUUACUGUCCUCUCGUGCUGACCGUAUCCCUAGCUGGUUCAAGCUUUGUCGGAGACCUAUCCUAGCCAGUGACACUAGGAAGUCAAGUGGGUAUGUUUUGGCAACAAUACCAAUUCCACAUUCUCCUCCUUUGCACAGGUCAAGUCUCGUGGCGGUUGGUUCUAAUAUCUAUAACAUUGGCGGAUCCAUCUCCCAAUCCCAGUCAUCUAGUGUCUCAAUCCUAGACUGCUGGUCUCACACGUGGCUCGAAGGUCCAAGCAUGCAGGUGGAGCGGGAGUACCCAUCAGCCAGUUUACUUGAUGGAAAGAUAUACGUAACAGGAGGCUGUAGGUUGACGUUUCAUGGCUGUGGUGAUCAAACUGAUAACGUAGUGGUUGAUGGAAAGCUACACAGUUGUGGUGGGUAUAAGGGUGUGGCUUACAACCCCAAUGAUGGUAGAUGGGAUAGUUUAGGAUCAGAGAUGAAUUUGGGUCUGAAAUGGUCUUCAUCUUGUGUGAUAGAGAACGUGAUUUACUAUUAUUAUCACAAUGAAAAUAUCAAAUGGUAUGACACUAAGGUAAGAUCCUGGAGAACUUUGAAUGGUUUGAAAACACUACCUAGGUUUGCUCGUUAUGCCAAUGUUAGGUUGGCAGAUUAUGGUGGGAAAAUGGCACUUUUUUGGGACAAGUUUACUGGUUGUGGCAAUCAGAAUAGGAUGAUUUGGUGUGCGAUUAUUGCUCUUGAAAGACGCAAUAAUGAAGAGAUUUGGGGGAAUGUCGAGUGGUCUGAUGCAGUGCUUCCGCAUCAAGUUCCUAUGGCCUAUGUAUGUGAGUAUGUUGUUGCUGUCAACGUUUGA